AUGAAGUUCGGAAAGAGCAUACGGAGGGAGAUGCACAACCACCCGGGGAUGCACUACCUGGGUUACAAAGGAUUAAAAAAGUUAAUCAAGCAAAUUAGAGAAAGCCGCAUCGAAGGAAGACACAUACAAAGGAAGCAACUGAAUGACCAGUUCGAAAGUUUGUUGCAUGCCGAUUUGGAAAGUAUUGAAAUGACGUUCAGGAAAUUAUUUGUUGAAAUUAAUGGCAUGAAGAAUGAAAUUGAAAAGAAAUUUGCCUCUCGCAUUUUCAACAGUGAAGAGUUAAAAGUGAAUAAAAGAAUUUGCUCGUUUGAUAAUCUGCUCGAGAUGUUGAAGGAGGGGGGAGUGGUGUCUGAGGAAGUGCUGGACUUUUGCAUUCGAUUAAGUUUGCUCUCGAACAAGUGCAAAGUUAUUAGGACCUACGUGGUGUAUAACUACGUGGGGUUGGUGAAGAUCCUCAAGAAGAGGCGCAAGCGCUGCGGCUCCCACGCGGAGCAGUCGGAGAUGGGCGCCCAGCUGGACCACCUCACAUCGGCGUCAAGCACCUCGGCAAAUGCCGCGUCAAACGCAGUGGCCAAGGCAGUAGCCAAUAUCGUGGACACCUACUCAUGGUGCCUCUCCGAUGAGCUGCCCCAACUUAUCACUUCAGUGAAUAUCAUCUCCGACGAGUUCAUGCAGCAGCUCUGCAACUCCGGCGUCACGUCGGAGAAGUACACAUGCCCAAUCUGCUUGUGUUUGAUCCACGACCCCGUGACUUUAAAUUCUUGCUUCCACUCCUUCUGUUGGAACUGCCUAGCCACAGCCAUACAAAAUUACUCAAUCGACAACUGCCCCUCAUGCAGAACCAAAAUUGUUUACGAAAAAGAUUCUUUCAAAGUUGAUGGAAUUUUGAGUCAAUUUUUGAAGAAGCAUUUUGUGAGUGAGCCAGCUGUGGGGUGGGGCAACGAUCCACUCAAGGGUGGUCACUCCUCCAGUGAAGACCAAGUCUGCCAAGGGGGAACAGAACGAGACGUAGCCCUCACCGAGUGCGACUUUCAAAAUGGGAAACAACUUGUGGAGGGAAAGAAAAACAAACUGAUUGGUACAAGUACAAGGGAUGGAAUCGAUGAGGAGAUAUCGGCACGUGCCCCACCAAGUGUAAUGAAAAGGGAUCUUGCUGCUCCCAUUUCAUUAAACGGAAAAGAAGACAAACCAGAUGAUCAGGCUAGAGACCAUUUAUUCAUCCCGUGUUAUUACUCCGCCCCCGAUGAUGGCGAAACGGACCCUUGGGUAAAUUUUGAUCAGUACCUGACCGUUUUGAAUAGCGUUGAUAAGAAUGUCAUGGAGGACAAGGGGCGGGAGAGUGACUGUUGCAGUGAUGAAUGCCGCGAAGGUUCUUUUGGUCAGGCGGACAGGACAAAGCUGGGUCCCAAGGGAGGCUCGCCGGACGCGUCGUACCGCCUGGUCAGCGACGUCAUUAGCUACACCUUUAGCUAA